GCGUUUGCGGCGCGUCAGCUUAGCGCGUCACUUUCGUUACGCAAAUCCGCCAUUUUGUACGUAGCUGGCGGUGCUUCAGGGUUUACUUUGUCGGUUUAGUGAUUAUUGUCACGAAAAACUAUAAACUUUGUUCAAUAGACUUUUGAAGCUGACUGUGGACGAUUUCGACUCUUCUGUGAAGUAAUUUUGCUGCAAUACCUUGUGCUUUCGUGAUUUGUGAGUGCCCUAUAAUUGGAGCGCGUGGCUGGUGACUCUUUGUUGUUGGAUUCGGCUUAUUUACGGUUAUAGUCGCUGUUGGAUCAAAUUGGACUACAAAGUGGUGUUUGUGUGUGCCCGUCAGUGAGUGAGUGCCAAGUGUUUGUGUUAGUGCAGUGAAGUGAGUUGUGCGCGCGCGUCCGCUGUGGCGGUCACGCGGCGUUCAAGUCAAUGCGUGUGCGCCGAUGGAGCGGUGAUCGCUUGACUACGUCACAACAGCAGCGUUGGUAAAGCUAUGCGCCUCGCCAACCACCAGAGCAGUAGGCGACCGACACUACUAAUGACAUUACAAUUGUGACGCGCUGCGGAGCGGUGGUUAAAGCGGCUCUGCCGCUUUAAAUGGACAAACGCAAGAUGCUGCCAAAGAGAGCGCGUAUGGAAGGCAUGCGGGGGGGUCCCAUUGCAAAUGGACCCCUGCAAUCAAGGCCACUAGUGGCGUUAUUAGACGGGCGGGACUGCACCGUCGAGAUGCCGAUACUGAAGGACGUAGCCACGGUGGCGUUCUGCGACGCGCAGUCCACCUCCGAGAUCCACGAGAAAGUGCUGAACGAAGCCGUGGGCGCGCUCAUGUGGCACACCAUCAUCCUCACCAAGGAGGACCUGGAGAAGUUCAAGACGCUGCGGAUCAUCGUGCGCAUCGGCUCCGGCGUCGACAACAUCGACGUCAAGGCGGCGGGGGAGUUAGGCAUAGCAGUAUGUAAUGUUCCGGGUUACGGCGUGGAGGAGGUAGCGGACACCACGAUGUGUCUCAUAUUGAACCUGUACCGGCGGACGUACUGGCUCGCCAACAUGGUGCGGGAAGGAAAGAAAUUCACAGGCCCCGAGCAGGUGCGCGAGGCGGCCACGGGCUGCGCACGCAUUCGCGGCGACACGCUCGGCAUCGUCGGCCUGGGCCGCAUCGGCUCGGCCGUCGCGCUGCGGGCCAAGGCCUUCGGCUUCAACGUCAUCUUCUACGACCCGUACCUGCCCGAUGGGAUUGAGAAGUCGCUCGGGCUCACCAGGGUCUACACACUGCAGGACCUACUAUUCCAGAGUGAUUGUGUGUCAUUGCAUUGCAGCUUAAACGAACACAAUCACCAUCUCAUUAACGAGUUCACUAUCAAACAGAUGCGCCCGGGCGCGUUCCUGGUGAACACGGCGCGCGGCGGGCUGGUGGACGACGAGGGGCUGGCGGCGGCGCUCAAGCAGGGCCGCAUCCGCGCCGCCGCGCUCGACGUGCACGAGAACGAGCCCUUCAACGGCCCCCUGAAGGAAGCGCCGAACGUGCUGUGCACGCCGCACGCAGCCUUCUACUCGGACGCGUCGGCGCAGGAGCUUCGCGAGAUGGCCGCCUCCGAGAUCCGCCGCGCCAUCGUCGGCCGCAUCCCCGACUGCCUGCGCAACUGCGUCAACAAGGACUACUUCCUCCCGGGCGCGCCGCCUGUGCUCGCCGCGCCGGCCGCGCCGCUAGCUACUCCCGCGCCCGCCGCCUACAGCGAGGGAAUGAACGGCGGGUACUACGCCGGCGCCGCCGCCCAGGCCGCGCACUCCACCACCGCCGCCCACGAGCCCGCGCCGCCGGUGCAGCCCUCGCCGCAGCCGCCGCUCUCGCUGGUACGUGCCUCCUGAAUAAAGCCGCAGUGA